AAUCAUUAAAAGAACCGGAACUAGCUCUGACUCUUGCUGCAUUUUGGGAUUCGGUGAAAAAGAGUCGACUCAUUGGAGUCAUGUUAGUGAAUGAACAGCUCAAAACAACGACAUUCAACGUUACUGUUAAACUCUUUCACAUCACGCUUUUUUUCAUCUUGCUCACGUGCGAAGUUUUGCGAGGUUGAAUUCAUAACUCAGGCAUAUUUGCAAGCAAUGGACCAAGCCUCUGCCGCAAGAUGUUCGGCAUCAGUAGAAAUGACAAGAAAUGCCACAUGCAGAUCAUAUCUAGCUGCAAAGUGGCCAGCAGCACCCCAUGGAAGAGCUCCACUCGUAUCCUGAAGGACAGCCCAUCAUUAAGGGUAACCAUCAGCCCUGCAAUGGCAGCGUGUCAGAUAAAAGUGGCAGCGGCGGCUAUGACAUUGGAGAACUGGCUACAUCUUCCCUGCUGGGGCUGCUGGCCACUAUUAAAGACCACAUCACUAAGCCGACUGCGAUGGCCCAGGGCCGCGUCGCCCACCUGAUUGAGUGGAAGAGCUGGGGAGGAGAGGCCACGUCUGGAGGAGGCUGGUGCGGCUGGAGUAGAGAUGGUGUAGGCUGGGGAUCUACAGGAGCCACGCUGCAGGAGGACGAGCAGCUCUACUCCCACCUCACCGAUGAAAUUAAAGAGGCCCGAUUUGCUGCGGGUGUGGCAGAACAGUUUGCUUUGGCAGAAGCAGCGAUGAACGCCUGGUCCGCACAGGAUAUCGAAAAUCAAGCCACAAACAGCAUUAUCCCAUUACAAGACGCCGAAGGCCUGUAUCUCUCUCAGUUUCUGUUGGAUGGAGGGAGUUUGGGCGUUCCUCAGCACCUGUACAGGAUGCACAUGGAUGUUGAUGACACCGGCUCUUUGGCGCCCCCUCAGUCUCAUUCCCCUAGCCAUUCUCACUCUCCGUCAGAAACACAGCGUGCGCAGAGGAUCUCACCGUCGGUUGGAUCUGUUCGACACGCUGACAGCAUCUCUCUCUCGGAGGACGAGGUUUUUUAUAACUGAAGUUUUGAUGAUACUGUGGACUGCGGUUUUGUCUAUUCUUUGUGUACGCAGCUUGGGUUACAUCUGGGGCUAUCGAUUUACCGUUCAAGUAUAAGAAAGCUACACUGUAGAACUUGUUGCUGGCUUAAGUUUAUAUGUUAUCAAAUUAACUUACUGUAAUGUAACUUACUUUACAUUUAACUGACUUAAAGGCACAAUAUAAAAGAUUUACUCGUUGAAAUAUCCAAAAAAACACUGGAACAUUUUUAUAUAUUUUACUAAAUUAUGUACUUACAUUAUCCCAAAUGUUUUAGAAACGUUCAAAUCCAGAGAAAUAAGUGAUUUUAAGGAACGAGUCUCCAUGCUAAUGACAUCAUACACUCGAUUUCCAGUUUAGUCUUAUAGAAAACAGUGAAAACUAAAAAGAGCUUUACUAUGUUGUACAUUGUAUUAGAUUGCACAGAGUAGCAUUAUAACAGAACCCUAAAAUGCAUUUAUAGUAUGAUAAAACAGCACUGCUGCUUCUCUAUGUGAUAUUGACUGGUAGAACCAAAGUGUUCGACAAUGGCACAAUAAAAGCUCUGCUGCUUUUAUGCUGUCAUACUA